UAAACAACAUCGUGUCGACUACAUGGACUAUGGCACAGCAAGUGGGUCCUUCGGCCGUAAUGGUUGAGGACGACGCACCGCAGCGACCAGCCAAGCGAAAGGCCGAAGAUCUGGAUGUCGCGGCCGCGGAUCAAGAGCACAGAGACGUGGAGGGAUCAGACGAGGACGAGAACAAGGACGAGGACGAAGACCAGGAAAGUGAGGACGAAGAACACGAGGGGUCACCGGCGAGGAAGCGACGAAGACUGGAGUACAAGAAGCACGAGCGGUUCUGGGCGCUGGACGGGAACGUGAUCCUGCAUCUCGACGGCACCAGCUUCAAGUUGCAUCGCAGUCGGCUGGCGUCGCACUCCCCGUGGUUCGAGGCGCUGUUUGAGAGACAUGCGGGACGAGGGGCAGAGCUGGAUGAUGAUGCGCCAAGUACAGACGGUGCCGUCGUGGAGGACGGUGAGGACGGCUUGAUGAUCGUCAAUCUAAACGCUACCGGCGUACUCCUCGAAGACUUCGAGGAGCUUUUGACUGCUAUGGAGGAUACAAUAGACUACUGCACCGGCGACACCCCAUUCCCCGUCCACGCCGCCGUCUACCGCGCUGCCCUUAGACUCCACUUCAUGCGAUUCGCCGAACAUUCGAUGGAAUGGAUCAUGGAUGACGACGAGGGGUUCUGCGACCACCUGGACCAUGUCGAGGACGGCAGAAGUCGGCGCUACAUCGUCGACGCCAUCCUCCUCGGAUUCGGCUGGGGCGUGCGCCCCCUCGUCAAGCGAGGCAUCUACGAGCUCGCGCGUCUUUCCGACCUCAACGAUCUGCGUGCGAAUCCGCCCAUGGACUACCGCGAGCUCUCCUUCGACGCGCUGGAGGCCACGUACAUGCAGCUGGUGGUCACCGUGCAGAAGAAGCUCGCAAUGGCGUGGUCGGAUGCGCUUCACGACAUCAUGACCUCACCCACGCGUUGCAGCAACAGGGAGAGGCCAUGCCAGUCUCGCGACCGCAUCAUCAUGUACGAGAUCCUCUAUGGCACCGGGAUCGGCAAGAAGUACACCCUCGAUCCUAUUUGCGGGCUUCAGGCGCUUAUUGACCUUAAAUGGACGAAUCAAGGACAUUGUAAGGGGUGUGCGAAGGCCAGAAGGGAUGCGUUGAUCGCGAAGCGUCAGAAGAUCUGGGACGACCUCGAUGGCUGGAUAAAGACCGAGUUCAUCAUAUAUUAAACCUAGCCAAGCUAUGUCUACAAGACCUUAUACCCACAUUAUCAUCUAUUAUUACAUUCACUGGAGCUUCUGCUCCUGGAAGUGCAUGCG